GGAGCCUUUUUAAUGGAAAAUCAGGAGCUUCUCAAGAAGCAACUUGAGAAGUUAAGAGCAGAGCAUGCAACAUUGGAAAGCCGCUUAAAGGAAUUGACGGCUUCUCCAGUGGUCGAUCAAUUAUGUGUGCAACGCUUGAAAAGAAAAAAACUCCAUCUUAAGGAUGAAAUUACAAAGAUCGCGGAAGAUUCCUACCGUAUUACGAUGGCAGUCGCAGGCUUUCGCCGUGAAGAUCUAAAUGUGACGUUGCAGGAUAAUGUUCUAAUUAUUUCUGGAAAAGCAGAUUUAAAGGAUGAUUCUGUUGAAUAUUUGCACAGGGGGAUUGCAGGUCGAGCUUUUGAGCGUCACUUUCAGCUGGCCGACUUUAUCAAGGUUAUUGGUGCAGCGAUGGAGCACGGUUUGUUGAAGGUUAAUUUGCAAAGAGAAGUGCCUGAAGCAAUGAAGCCACGUACUAUCAAUAUUGAAGAUGAAGAAAAUAAAUCAAAGUUGAUUGAACAGUAG